AUGCCACCUCCGCCUGCCAUCCAUCACCUGCCGAUCGCACCUCAUCCUGAUCGCCGCCAUCUCGACAUCUCCAUCGCCGCCUGCAUCAUCCUCCUCCGCCGCCUCCAUCUGCUAUCUUCAUCUCACCGCCGCCAUUUCCAUCAUCAUCCUCCUCCUACUAGCCGCACAUAUCUACCUCCACCUAGACCGCGACCACCGUCACCACCGCCACCACCACGACCUACACGUCCACCUGCUACAUAUUUGCCACCUUCAAUAUCAACACCUGGACCAACGUAUUUGCCGCCAUACAAGCAACAACAUGGAGCUACUGCUGAAUCAUCGGCUGCAUCAAAUAUAGGCAUUUCCUCAUUCCCUGCUGGUCAUCCUUCAAGUUUUUCGCAUGGUUCUUCUUCUUUUCCGGCAAUCGGCGUGGUGAAGUUGAGCGAACCAGCCGGCGGCUCAAGCUUUGCAACUGCCUCAAGUUCAGCUAGUGCUAGUGCGUCUAGUGAUGCAUCUAUUGUGCAGCAAAAUUAUCCAAGUCAAUCCGUACCUUCCGUAUCUAUUCUAGCUACACCAAUUCAAAGUCCCUUAGGUCCAUCUGCAGGUUAUCCUGCUUCUACAUCAGGAUAUCCUUCGUUUACGCCUUCACCUCAGUCGCCUACAGCAGGUUAUCGUUGA